ACACACCUGCUCACAGGCUCGCGCGAUCCUCUGACUUUACUCGCUCUUUCGUAUCUUUGUUAUUUGUUUAUUGUUUAUUUCGGUCUAAAAUGUCUUUUUCUAGCGGCAGUCGCGCGCUGAUCGUGUCGGUGUCGAGCUUUUAUCCAGACGUGGACUUGAGCGCGCGCCCGGGGACAGCGCGAGACACGCAGAAACUACACCGCGCGCUCUGCUCACGGGGCUUCAGCACACGCAUCCUCAACGACCCCGACGCCGCGGAGAUCCACGAGGCAUUUAAAUCAGAGAGUGAGCAGGCAGUGGAUGGCUGUUUUGUGGGAGUGAUCUCCAGCCAUGGUGAAGAAGGUUUGGUGUUCGGAGCAGAUGGGCGUCGGGUCCAGCUCUCCAAAAUCUACAGCUACUUUGGAGGCCCUAAGAUGGCAGCAAAAAACAAACUUUUCCUCAUCCAGGCGUGUCGGGGACACUUACUGGAUGAUGGGGUUGAGCUCGAGACAGACUCUGUAGGCUGCGAAGACAGCGGACUGUCUGAGUGUGCCUCUGUCCCGCCCAACACCGUAGUCAUGUAUGCUACAGCUCCAGGCUACGGUGCCUUCAUGAACUGGACGGGAUCCAUCUUCCUGCAGACAUUCUGUACGUUUCUGGAAGAUGGUGGGGCAGAACUGGAGGUGACCCACCUGCUGACCCGAAUUAGCCACCACAUUGCCCACCAUUUCAGUGCCCGGGGUGGAAAGCUGCAGGGCAAAAAGGAAAUGCCCUGCAUCAUCAGCCGCCUAACCACAGAUUUUUACCCCUUUAUAGACUCUGGGAAGAACAAGAGCUUUCGACUGUUAGCCACAGAGCUCCUGGACCGUCCUUAUACAAUCCGCAAAAACUCCAUCAGCUGAUCCUACACAACCUACAAGCUCUAAAGGUCUUACACCCAGAACACUGCAGUGAGUGGAUAUUCAGCAGUGGUAUCAGAGCUGUGUGAAUCACACACUUACCCUAAAAUACAAAUAUAAUAAUAAAUACCUAAAUAAACAAUAACAUAAAAAUUAAGUUUAAGACUUGAACAACAUAAUGAGUUUACAGAUAUGAACCUGAAAGACAGUGAAUAUUUAAGCAUGGUGCAUAACCUGAGGUGGUGAGUAAUAAGCUUUUUUAUGUAUGUAUUGUUCCAUAUGAGAUAUUGAGUAGAAUAACACAAUGUUUGACUACAUGAGGAGCAGGUUUAGAGAAUGUCUUGGGAUUUUUGUGUGAAUUUCACUUUUUGUUACUUCCUAAUGCAGAUACGUUCAGUUCAUGUUAUAUAACAGAUACGUCUUACAGAGAGGAGUGAAGGAAUGAAGGAAUGAAGGAAUGAAGGAAUGAAGAAAUGAAGGAAUGAAGGGACAGAACUUUGCAGGAAAUAAGACGCAGUAGAAAACAGAGUUUGGGGAUAAAGGACGAGGUUUUUAGGAUGGGGUGAUAGUGUCGAGGGCAGAAAAGAGAUUUUUAUCAUAUUGUUCUGUUUCUUAAUCUCAGAUUUCAGCAGGAAGAGUUUGAGUAGCUCAGACGUCACAGUGUGGAAUUAGUGGAAUUUAAUCAGUUGUCUGGUGUAUAUUAGGGGAUCAAGUCAGACCUGAAUCUCUGCAGACAGAUGGGGGUUAUUAAGGGCGUCUCUUCUGUCUUUAUGUUUGCUAUGUUGUGUUUAUAUUUUCUUUAUGUUUAUGUUGUUUUUUGGGAUGUAUUUUUCUAAUUGUUUUGUACAAAGUAAACACUACACAUUGACAACACUACAACCAGAGGAAACUGCAAAUGUUUGUUUUUUAUUUUCAUUAAUAUUUAUUUUACAUGUUUGUUUGUAUGGAAACACACCAUAAAUUAAAUAGCUAAAAAAUUAGCAAUGUAAUGUACACAGUUAUUUACGUAAAGUGUAAAAUAAGAAAAUUUCAGUAGCGACAGUGCAUGACUAGCAAACACAGCUUUAAACACCUGUACUCACAUAAUAUCAUCAUAUUUUUCAUUAAAACACUAAAAAGAACUGAAAGAAUUCUUAAUAUUCCACACUGCUUUUCAGAAUUUGGGACACAUUUACUUCAAAACGGUAGAGCUAAACGUCUGUUUCUCUUCACUCACCCCUACAGAAAAAAUAAAGUAAAAAUAAAGUAAGUAAAUGCUACACACUGACAACACUACAACCUGAAGAAAGUGUCAAUGUUUGCGUUUUAUUGUAAUUAAUAUUUAUUUUACAUAUUUGAUUGUUGGUAUGGAAACACACCAUAAAUUAAAGGGCAAAAAAGGAAUAUAAUGUAUACAGUUAUUCAUGUAAAGUGCAAAAUAGGACUGUGUGGAGUGCAAUCAGGCGUAUGACAUAAUAAAUGUGUUAA